AGUCGCGAGUCGCAUUCGUCUUCCAGCUCAAGGUGCCGGAUGUCACAAGCCAUGGCACUGACCUUUGAGCAGGUGGGCGGUAGAUGCAAGCUGGUGACAGAGGACGACUUCAAGAGUUGCUUGAAAGGGGAGAUCUUCAUUGAUCCCUUCGCGUCUCUCCGAGCAGAGCAACUCUUCAAGGAUGAGAGGAGACGACACCGGCGUGCGCUUCGCCAACAGGCACUGGUGGCGGAGUUUCUCAAGAAGAAUCAGUUUCAUGAAGUCAACACUCCGAAGGUGUCCUUGUGUGGGCUCCAUUGCAUCUACCCCUUGGCGCACGCCGUGAAGACAGAGAACGGGCCCAUGGCUUUGUUGUUGGUCCGCAUGGGCGCGGAUCCCACGCUCCGGGAUUGGCGGGGCUAUACGGCCCUGGACCGUUGCAAGUCACCAUCGCUGCGCCGCAAGAUGGUCGAGCUAUAUCAGAAGGGCGAGCCGUUCAGGUAGCGCCUUGUCUUAUCCCCGGAGCUCAACCAGUUAAUAGAAGCCAUAGCUGCGCCACAAGAUGUUUCAGCUAUGCCGGAGGCAGGGCGAGCUGUUCAGGUGACGCCUUGUCUUAUCCCCGGUGCUCCAACAAUUUUUAAGAGCCAAC